AUGGCAUCAAUUCGCUUCAUUACCCUUAUUCUUGCUUUGUCCUUUGCAUCAAAUGUCUGGACCUUCCAAUGCAAUAAUGCGAAUGGGAAAACCAAUGGGGUUUGUGUAUCUCGCAAUGGGAAUGGGGCACCUACCGCCGCUCAAAACAAUGAGGGAAAUUUGACGUGUAACAACCAGGCCGAUCAAACUUUCUGUUGCGCCAAGCAAGCGAAUCAAAUAACCCGGCAAAAUCUCAACAACGAGUGUACGCCAAGUGAGCAAGCAGGCGGGCAGCAACAAGGAGGUACUGGGACAGGAGGAGGCAAACCCAAACCCAAGAGACGCCCCACCUCAGCCAGAGCGGAACAGCGUGAGCAAACAAGGAGACCACGGCCUAAUUGA